AUGCCUGAGCGUAGCAGUAUAAAGACCCUUUUUAAAGUCGUCGCACGGGCGAUAAUAAACGACCCUCUCAAAGCCAGAGUCUACAACACCGCACGCAUCAAUAUUAUUAUCGCCAAUCAGGCUGCCGCACGGGCUGUCCUUGUUGCGAUUAUCGAUCUUCCCGCCACCAGGCUCCGUAAUGGCGAGGUCCAUGUCAUCGCCCGAGAACCAGAAGGCCUCUAUGACGAUAUCCGGGGCGCGAAGCAGUACGCUGAGGCAGUCGCGCUUAUCGUUCGUAGCGACGCGGACGACGCGGCCGGCAACGUUGCGCUCGUAGCUGGUGAUGGGGAGGCGGACGCAGACGUUGUCGAGGAAGCGGUUCUGGUUCUUUUGGGCGUGGCGGCGGGCGAGGCCGGAGAGGCCUCCCCGGCCGGGGAUGGGGCGGGUGAAGAGGUAGUCCCGCGGGAAGCGGGUCUGCAGGCCCGGCGGGCGCCAGCGCGAGAUGCGGACGGAUUGGCCGGCGGACACGACGCGGGCCUCGCCCGUGCGCAGGAUGUUCUCGAUGUCCUGUCCGCGGCGGCAGAUGGUCGGGCCGACCGGGGCGAGCAGGAGCAGGGCGAGGGGGGGCGGCAUGCUGGUGGCGGGGGAGGGGGUUGA